AAAAAAUGGCUGCCUCCAUGAGUUUACACGCUUAAAAUAUUUGUCAUAAAUAUUUACUAAAAAAGCAGGUUAAGAUGGGGAAAUCAUCACAUCAUCAAACAGAAAAUAAAUUUAAGUUUCAGACAUUUUCAGAGAGGAUAGCCAAAGUUGACAUAGAUGUUAUCCACAGAGUUGUUCAUCAUGAUGAUACACCAGAGGAGAAUUUAACAUAUUUUGGAGAAGCCAUUGAAAAAUGGACAGAACUGAAUUGUACUAAACACUAUGCUGACUUUAGAAAGGAAAUAUCUAAUCAAGUACAGACAUUUGCACAACUUGUCCACCAUAAGGAUGAUAUUGUGGCUGGACUUACAAAACAUCUGCAGGUUCCAAACAGUUUGGCAUUAGAUGCUCUUUUAGAUCUGACUGUUCAGUUAUCCAGAGACCUACAGAGAGAUUUUGUAGUAUAUUUUCCCCAGUUUUUCAAAUUGUUGGUAGGUCUGUUGGUUGGACAAGAUGUUGACUUACUGGAACAAGUAUUUACAGCUCUUGCAUACCUGUUUAAGUACCUGUGGAGAUACCUUGUCAAGGAUAUUCAGCAGGUGUAUGGGUACUUUUCAGAGCUACUUAGUGGAACUCACAGGGAAUAUAUCAGAAACUUUGCAGCUGAGAGUUUUGCUUUUUUGAUGAGAAAGGCUAAGAAUCCCUCAGAGUUGUUUGAUUUUAUGUUUCAAACAUUGGAGGAGCAUAGUGAUAGGGCUGAAGGCACAGGUAGGCUGCUGUUUGAGAUGAUAAAAGGGGUGAAAGGUCAAAUGCACAGCUGUAUAGACACUGUGUUACCCUUGAUGUUAUCUAAGUUAGGACCAGUAGGGAAGAACAUGAAGAAAUCUGAGUUACCAUUGGAUUUAGUGACAAGAUCAGUGUCGUACAUGUUUAUGUGUUUAUGUCAGUACAUCAAUAAGGAACAUGCUCUUACUGUCUGGAAUAUAGUUUUGUCAUGUGCAACAACAAUUUCAACAUCAUGCAGCAAUGUUCCUAAAAAGAAACAGACCAUACUGACCUCUUAUCUCACAAAGAUUCUAAAACUAGCUGAUCAGAUUGUUAAUUAUAAAUCUGGUUUAUUGGUAACUGACCCAGACAAAAUUGCAAAGACAUUGAUAGAAAUUUUGAAAGAGCCCUCUCAGGGUCAAGAAAUUGAUGAAACUACAAUUCAGCUAGUUACAUCCUUGUUACUGGUAUCACAUACUACACUUUUAGUAGAGAAUUCUGUCAAAUUAAUAUCUCAGGUGAUGAAGAAGAAAGUACCAUGUGAAAUGGUUUAUACAUUUUUCAAGGCAUUAUUAGAUCUUCCUCUCUUUGAAAAGAAUGUGUUACCAGCUCUGAUUGCUUACACCGAGUCUGUAGUUAAGGAAGGAAAAGAAAGGGACAAAACCCUCCAUCUAUUGACACAUAUUGUACUGCAUAAAGUGCCAUUAUUACAGAAUGGUGCUGAAUUAGAACAUUAUUCUGGGUAUAUGAUAGACUAUGGUAAAGACAGGACUUCUGUUGUACAAUAUCUGAGUAAUAUGUUAAUGGACAGUAGUACAGAAUUGCCAAGAUUAUGGAGUAUUCUUGUGUGUCUUCCUCACAUCAGGCCUCUAGUUAACAAAGACCAGCUGAUAAAGGUCAUACUAAAGAAACUAGAUCAGUUAUGUUGUGCUACAGAAAAUUUAACAGAGGACCAGUUGUACUUUAUUUAUCAGGUAGUUUUGUGUUUAUUAAAGCUGCAAUUAGAUGGAGAAAUAUUUGACUGGAUACCUGUGGAAAGAAUAAAAGCUCAAAUUAGUUUAUACAGUAAUAAUGUCCACAUACUACGAGCAGCAGAUUUAUAUUUUACACAAGCUGUGAUAGACAACAAGGCAGAUGUGUUGACAGAAGACAGACUGUUACAGAUGUAUUCUUUCUUACAGAGUAAUAUUUCCUCUCCAUACUCACAGAUCAGACAGUUAUCACUUCGAAUUUUGACACAUUUUGAUAUCAGACUUCCUUCUGUGGAGAACAGUAGUGACCAAAUGGGAGUAUUCAGGAUAUGUUUAGAAGCAGAGGAGACAUCGUUGUCUGUUCAAACAUAUAGAGAAAGACAAAUGUUUCUUCAGAAGUUAGAGUUCACCACAGUGCAAUAUCAGAUCCCUAUAGGACCCUUCACACAGGUUCCUCUUAGAUAUCUUCUAGGUUGUCUUUUCUUAAACUUUAAAUACUUAUGGGAACCAGUACAGAAGUUGAUAGCUACCCAUGCCCAAGGACUUAAUAAAGAGGAUUUUUGGAACUUAUAUUUAAAUCAUUUGAAGACUCAUUGUAGGCCAGAAAAUAUUUCAAAUAGUUCAGACUCUUCUUUAGAACAGGAUGAUAUUGAAGAUAUUUUUAGUCGUCAGAAGUUAACACUUUGUGUCCAAGAAGACAUAGAUUAUAAUAACUUUAGAAUACAGAUGUGGAAAACCAUGCAGUUAUUUCCACAGCUAUGUGAAAGUAAAUCUAGAGAUGUGGUACCUUUAUUUCUACAGUUUCUACAAGAAGAAUAUUAUGCAGUGGAUGAUAUAUUUGCACGAUCACAAAAUCUUCUAAAAGACAAACCUGAAGAUGAUGACAAGAUGGAAGAUGAUGAGACAGAGGAAAAAACAGAUAAAGAACUGAAAGGAGAAAAGAAAAAGUCAAGAAAGCAUGUCACAAGUACUCUGUUAUCACAGCUACAGUUGUUGUCACUGUUCACUAAUCCAAAGUCACUGUACAAAGAGGCAGAACUUAGGAAUAUUUAUAUGGAGCUUUUACAACAUAAGAAUGGGGAAAUACAAAGAGUUGUGUUCAAGUGUAUAAUGACAUAUAAACCACAGUAUCUUGUACCUUACAGGGAAAAUUUUGAAAGAUUGUUGGAUGAUAAAUCAUUUAAAAAUGAGAUUGUAGCAUUCAGUUUGGAUGCAGAAAGUAGUGUGGUAAGGGAAGAACACAGAGAAGAACUUAUGCCUGUUCUUAUGAGAAUUCUAUACGGUAAAAUGUUGAGUAAAACUGGAAAAGAUUCGUCUGGAAAAUCAAAGAGUAAUUUCCGUAGAACUAUUGUAUUUAGAUUUAUUAUGGGAUGUCAAUCAAAGGAAAUUUGUGUUUUCCUAGAUAUGGUCUUCUCUUCGUUUCAAAGUUAUGUUUCAGAGGAUCCUUUGAACCUUGUGCAGAAUAUCAUAGCAAAUAUAGAUCUUUCUUCUGUUACACCAAUGAGGAAAAUGUCAGGAUGUCUUCAUUCAGUGGAAUUGGUUAUCAGUAAAUUAAGCCACAGGAUGGAAGACUACCUUGACUCCUUGCUAAAGAUUUUGUUAGGUGUCCUGGCAACACCAAUGACCUGUCUUGAACGUAGAGAUGACAUGUCACCAACUGUUGUGUCACUUUUAAAGAACAUAAGAAAUAUGGGUAUUUGCACGAUAACACAAUUCUUUGAAGAGUUUAUUAAUUACAAGUUUACAGAAAGAGAAAUAGAGGCAGUAUUCACAGUUGCUGUAUGGCCACAACUGUCAAAGUUAACAUAUGAAGGUAUACAUCAGCCUACUCCUUUGAUGAAACUGUUUAAUCUAUGGUCUCAGCAUAGCAGGUAUUAUUUACUGCUGGUGAAACUGAAAGGAGAUGACAACACCAACUACCCUCUGGUUAACAUUUUUAAAUUACUGAAUGUACAGGAAGCCAGCUUUGACAUUAAACAAUAUAUUGUACAGAUUGUAUAUAAUCUUCUAGUUUCUGAGGAGGAUACAUCACCAUUGGCCGUGGGAUCAUGUUUCUGUGGCAAUCUAAAGCAAGAUAUUCAAGAUGACAUACAUUUAGGAAUGAAGUUACUGGUUCCACAUGUUCCAGCCAUUCUGUCACACAUACAGAGCACAGUGAUAGGAGUGAAACUUAAAGAUAAACAUUUAUCAAAAGAACUGGAAAUAUUGUCAAGAUUAAGUGAGUUUGUGACUGACCAAUCACAGUGUUCUACACUAGUUACAUUGUUAUUACCGUUCCUGAGUGAAGGACUAUACAGAUCACAGAAGGUAGAAAAUGAUAUUUUGAAGAGUGUUAGAAAUCUACUGAAAAUAGUUGACAAUAAACAGGAUUUUUACAGAUCCAUAUGUAACUUAUGUGGACACAUACAGAGUCGUCAAGGAAGAACAUUAAUUUGUAGCAUUUUAGAGGUGAUUAGCUCUGGUAAUGAGACGAUGGAAAAGAUUGCAUCAGUGGUUACUGAGUUGAAUUCUUGGGAUCCAAAGCGAGUUGAAGAACCAGACUAUUUACGACGCCUUGCUGGGUUCAGAGAGGUCAACUCUACCAUUAAAUCAAUGACAUCGCUAGAUACACGGUUCUUACAUGCUGUGUUAGUCAACUGCUGUUUCUUUAUCAAAAUGGUUGAUGAUCUGUCUUUAAGAGAUAAUGCUACAAAUUGUUUGGUUACUAUGGUUACACAGUUCAGCAGCAUUGAAUAUGAUCAGGAUGCUUACAGGGAUAUUAUUGCACAAAGUUUGGUACCAGAGAUAAAAAAAGGAGUCAAGAAUAAAGAUGAGAAUAUAAGACAUGAGUUUAUCCUUCUGUUGUCCAAAUUAGUUGAGGCAUUUCCUAAAAAUCCAAUGUUCACAGACCUGGGAUUGCUGAAAGAAAAAGACAUUGAAGCAGACUUCUUUGAAAAUAUUAGACAUAUUCAGACUCACCGAAAGUCAAGAGCUCUACGUAAAAUGGUCAAACUAAUCCAGAGUACACCUGUGAAGAAAGAAAUCAUCGUGUCAUACUUACUACCAAUCACUGAGGCAUUCCUGUUGGAUGAAAAAUAUUCCAAAGUACAGAGUGUUUUGGAUGUUGCUGUUGAAGCCCUUGGUGCUCUUUGCAGCCUGUUACCAUGGCAACAGUAUUCAGGCCAUUUGAAAUUUUACCUGGCAAUGAUGCAAAAGAGAAUUGAUAAAAAUAAAUAUUUUGUGAAGAUAAUUGUAGUUAUAUUAGAUGCCUUUCAUUUUGAUCUAAGAAAUUCAGAAUAUGCAGAGAAAGGAGUACCACAACCAGUAGAAACUAAUACUGAGGUAAAUACAGAGGAUGAUUAUAAAGUAGAAGAUAUACCUCCAGAUUUUAGUGAGAAUGAUGAUACUGUUUCCCCUGACAAAGUUGUCUGUUCUGUCGCCAUGGCUACCAGGAUACAUUUAGCUAUCAGUAAAGCAUUUAUUCCAAAGCUACAGAGGAUUCUGACAGAAAGGAUAAAGUCUGAUGAAGAACAUAAAAUGGCUGGUCAGUCUCUCUACCCUGAAGACACAGAGAUACUUAGAGUGCCACUAGCUCUGGCCAUGGUCAAAUUAUUACAGAAUUUACCACAGAAAACAUUAGAACAGAGUUUACCAGGGAUACUAUUGAAAGUUUGUAAUUUUCUUAAAUCUCGAGCUAAAGAUAUAAGAGUUACUGCUAGAGACACUCUAGUAAAGAUAUCUUUGUCGCUGGGUCCUAGAUACUUCCCAUACAUUCUGUCAGAACUUAGAGGUGCAUUACGUCGAGGAUAUCAGCUCCAUGUAUUAGGAUUCACAUUACAUGCCCUUCUAAGGCACAUGUCAUCUGUGAUAAAACCUGGAGAACUAGAUUUCUGCCGAGCAAGUUUACAACAGGUUUUCCAUGAAGAGUUGUUUGGUAUGGUUGCUGAGGAGAAAAAUGUGGAUGCUAUCAAGGGAAAAGUAUUCGAAGCCAAGACAAUGAAGAGUUAUGACUCAUAUCAAAUCUUGGGCAAGUUUAUUGGAAUGAGUUCAUUGUCAGGCUUACUUCAACCACUAAAACAGGUCCUUGACAGUACGCAAAGUCUGAAAUCUACGAAGAAAAUACAAGAAGCAUUAAGAAAGAUUUCUUUAGGUUUGAUAGACAAUGCUGGCAUGGAUGUAGAGAAAACAAUGAUAUUUAUUCAUUCCUUAAUUACAUCACAGGAAGAAAAACCAAGCGAGAAAAAACCUGAAGGAAAGAAAAGUUUACGACCACCAAGCUGUCUUCUGCUGCCACCAAAACCAGCAUAUGGUGGAGGAAAACCAAAGCCUAACAAGAAAACUAAUAUCCAUGUCCUGGUCGAGUUUGGUUUAGAGAUAUUAUACCUGCUGCUGAAGAGAUCCAAAAUGACACAUCAAAAUCCUGAUCAUUUAAAGCUCAUUGAUCCAUUUAUUGGCAUUAUUAAAAAUAAUUUACAGUCAAAACACAUCAGGGUAAACAUUUUGUGUUUAAGGUGCUUGGGAUGGUUACUGAAAUUUCCACUGCGCUCAAUGAAAACAAGUGUCAAGAAGAUUGCUCAGGGACUGUUUGUUUUGUUGAAAAAUUAUGCAUCUGUUGGCACUGCUAAGGGAGACAACUUUGAACUUGUUUCCUUACUGUUUAAGACAGUGACAGUAUUAGUCAGAGAUGUUCAGUACUACGACAUUGAUCAGAACCAACUACAAGUUUUACUGACUUUCUGUGAAGAAGAUUUGUAUGAUCACAAUAGACAAAGUACAGCUUUUAGUUUAUUUAAGGCUAUUUUGUCUAGAAAACUACAUACAGAACAAAUAGAAUUAAUUGUGCAGAAAAUCAGAGAGAUGUCAAUUACUGCUGACUCAGCACAUAUAAGAAGAGAAUGUCGACAAAUAGUAUCUCAGUUUCUUAUGGACUAUCCUCAAGGAGGAGCCAUAGCUAGUCAUUUAGAAUACUUUGUGACACAGCUGUCAUACAGUAUAGACACAGGCAGGGAAUCAGCAUUAGAAAUGUUGGCUACUAUAUUUUCAACAUUUCCACAGGUUAUGUUGGUAAAAUAUUCUGGAUUGUUUUUCAUACCUAUGGCAGCUGCUUUGGUAAAUGAUACCUCGCCAAAAUGUAAGAAAUUGACAGCUCUGGCCAUCAAGUCUUUACUACAAAAGGUAGACAUCAAAACAAGAAAUGAUUUAUUUCUUAUUUGUGCUAAAUGGCUGUCUGAAGAAAAGGUAACCUUACAAACACUAGGAGCUCAGACUUGUGGAUUAUUUGUAGAAGUAGAGACUACUAAAUUUACUAGCAGACUGUCAACUGUUUUACCACUUAUUCAGAAAGAGUUAGAGAAAUAUGGUCAUGAAGAUUGUCUUGAAGAAAACGAAGAAAUGGAUCAUUUAAUAUUUAGUCUUCUUAAUCUCCUGACCAAAAUAUGCCAGGAAUGUAAUGUCAUUAGAGAUCAGCAGUUUACUGAACAGUUGAAUAUAAUUUGGGGUAAUGUUAAAUCUUUGUUACCAUAUCCACACAACUGGAUUAGAACUACAUCAGCACAGCUCUUUGGGCUUCUAUUUGCUGCAUGGAAUCCUGAAGAUAUUCUCAAGAAAAGUACAAAGAAGUCAGAGUAUUUACAAAUUGACACCAUGAAAAAGCUGGAGUAUUUGAGUGGAGAUUUUGUUUCACAGCUUCAGUCUCAUUAUUUGAAUCCAGAACUGGCAGAUCAAGUCAUCAAAAAUAUGGUAUUUAUUACAAAAGUGACAAAACAUUUACCAGAAGAUAAUGAACAAAGAUUGUCAAUACCGUGGCUUGUAAGGAAAAUGGUGAGAGAAGCUAACCAUGAGGUCGUCAGUAAUACAACAUCAACUUUCAAGAGAAACAGUGUAUUUAAAUGGAUAGCAGCAAUGAGUAUAGACAUGGGUGCUGACAUGCUUGGUUCUGUUCUUCAUAUAUUUCUACCUUCAAUACAGAGAGAAACUGUGGACAGCUCUCCUAACUCUGACCCUGAACUGAAGAAACUUGCUAUAGAAGUGAUGGAUAUUAUUAAACAAAUAGUUGGCAUAGAUAAAUUUACAACAGUAUAUGCUGAAGUGAUGAAGAAAAGAUCUGUAAACAAGGAAACUAGAAAGAGGAAACAAGCUGUUAUAGCUGUCACACACCCGGAGGUUGCUGCUAGAAGAAAGCUCAAGAAAAAUUUAAACAAGAGAGAGGCUAAAAAGAGGAAAAUAGAAGACUUUAGAGUCAGCAAAAAAAUUAAACGAAAAAAACUUCAGAAAUAGAUAAUUCAAAUUAAAGAUGUUUUAAUAUUGUUCAAAAUUGUUUUGACAUGCUGAUUUCCAUAUGGAGUGUAACCAAUGUGCCAACUUUUUCUUUCCAUUGUAUGAUAUAUGGAUGUUUAAAACCAUGAAACUUGAAACAGUUAAUUAGAAUGUAGAACCAAUAGUAAACACGUGUGGUAGGAUAUUUUGUCUGAAAAAGCAUGGACCUUGUU